AUGGGGAAGGCCAGGGCGGCCGCGGCGCGCGCCAAGGCCCCCAGGGCCCCGGCGGGAGCGCGGGGCGGCCGGGCCAGGCCCAACCCCAACCCGUUCGAGGUGAAAGUCAACAGGCAGAAGUUCCAGGUUCUGGGCAGGAAGACGCGCCACGACGUGGGGCUGCCCGGAGUGUCGCGCGCACGGGCCAUCCAGAAGCGUACCCAGACUUUGCUGAAGGAAUACAAGGAGCGGGAUAAGUCCAAUGUGUUUCUCGAUAAGCGCUUUGGAGAAUACAACAGCAACAUCAGCGCGGAGGAGAAGAUGACGCGGAGGUUCGCUCUGGAGCAGCAGCGACAACAUGAAAAAAGGAACAUCUACAACCUAAACGAAGAUGAAGAAUUAACUCAUUACGGCCAGUCUUUGGCAGACAUCGAGAAGCAUAAUGACAUUGUCGACAGUGACAGUGACACUGAGGAGCGAGGCGCGCUGUCCGCCGAGCUAACGGCGGCCCAUUUCGGAGGCGGGGGGCUCCUUCAUAAGAAGACCUCAAAUCAGCCAGGCCAGGAGGGGGAGAGACCCAGAUCCCGAAAAGAACUGAUUGAGGAGCUCAUUUUGAAGUCGAAACAAGAAAAGCGGGAGAGACAGGCUCAGCGUGAAGACGCCCUGGAGCUCACGGAGAGGCUGGACCGAGACUGGAGAGAGAUCCACAGCCUCCUGGCACCCAAGGCGCCCCGGGCCCAGCACAGGGACCGAAAGGAGCAGCCGCAGCCUGACGCCUACGACAGGAUGGUCCGCGAGCUGGGCUUUGAGAUGAAGGCACAGCCCUGCAACAGGAUGAAAACGGAGCAGGAGCUGGCAAAGGAGGAGCAGGAGCGGCUCCGGCGCCUCGAGGUGGACAGAGUCCGGAGGAUGCUCGGGAAGGAGGAGGGGGACAGGAAGAAGCCCACACACGUGUCAGCAGACGACUUGAACGAUGGUUUCGUGCUGGACAAGGAUGACAGGCGUCUGCUCUCCUACGAAGACGGAAAGAUGAAGGUCCAGGAAGAGCAAAGCGGGGAAGCCAGUGCCGGUGGGAACGCAGAGGAAGAGGGCGAGGACGAGAGCGAGGACGAGAGCGAGGAGGACGCAGAGGGCAGCGGGGGCUCGGACAGCCACUUGGACCUGGACUGCGAUGCGGAGAGCGAGGACGAGAGUGUGGGGCCGGAGCGGGUGCGGCGGCGGGCGCCCAGGGAAAGGCCGGAGACUGGGUGUCAGGAAGCCCGAGAAGCUGCUGGAGCCGAGCUGCCCUAUACAUUUGCAGCUCCGGAGUCCUCGGAGGAACUGAAGUCUCUGCUGUCAGGGAAGUCCGCGGAGGAGCAGCUGCUGGUGGUAGAGAGAAUUCAGAAGUGCCACCAUCCCAGUCUCGCCGUGGGAAACAAGGCAAAAUUAGAAAAACUGUUCGGCUUCCUUUUGGAAUAUGUUGGAGAUUUGGCCACAGAUGAUCCACCAGACCUCGAAGUGAUUGAUAAGCUGGUUGUGCAACUGUACAACCUUUGCCAGAUGUUUCCUGAAUCUGCGAGCGAGUCCGUCAGGUUUGUCCUCCGAGAUGCCAUGCACGAGAUGGAAGAGAGGAUCGAGGCCAAGGGCCGAGCCUCGUUUCCGGGGCUGGACGUGCUCGUCUACUUGAGGAUCGCUGGGCUGCUGUUCCCGGCCUCGGACUUCUGGCACCCUGUGGUGACCCCCGCCCUGGUGUGCCUGAGCCAGCUGCUCACCAAGUGCCCUGUCCUCUCUCUGCAAGACGCGGUGAAGGGCCUGUUCGUGUGCUGCGUGUCCCUGGACUACGUGUCUCUGUCCCAGAGGUUCAUACCCGAGCUGAUUAACUUUCUUCUGGGGAUCCUGUACAUAGCAACCCCCAACAAGCAAAGCCAAGGUCACACUCUGGUGCACCCUUUCAGACCUCGGGGGAAGAACUCGGAGCUGCUCCUGGUGUCUAACGACGAGGACGCGGCCACGUGGCAGAGGCGAAGCCUGUCCCUCCACUGGGCAAGUGCAUCGAAAGCCCAGACCGAGACGGAGGCCAACCACACCCGGCUGUCCUGCCUGGCCGUGUGUCUGGCCCUGGCGCAGCGCUGUGUGCUCAUGUAUGGGACACUGCCCGCCUUCCAGGACAUCAUGAGGCCCUUCAGAACUCUCCUGACACAGCACCUGGCUGCCAGCAACCAUCCCCAGGAGCUGCAGGAGCUGUGUCGAAGCACCUUGACUGCCAUCGAGACCCAGGAGAGGCGCUACCAUCCCCUGGUCAGCGAGAAGAGCAAGCCGGUGCCGCUGAAGCUGUUCACCCCCCGGCUGGUCAGAGUGCUCGAGUUCGGGAGGAAGCAGGGAAGCAGCAAGGAGGAGCAGGAGCGGAAGAGGCUGGUGCACAAGCACAGGCGAGAGUUCAAGGGCGCCGUGCGGGAGAUCCGCAAGGACAACCAGUUCCUGGCCCGGAUGCAGCUGUCGGAGAUCAGGGAACGGGACGCGGAAAGAAAGCGCAAAGUAAAGCAGCUUUUUAACAGCCUGGCUGAGCAGGAAGGUGAAUGGAAGGCUCUGAAGAGGAAAAAGUUCAAAAAAUAAACUUUUUAUUCAGGCAAGGAGGCGCCGUACUAGUGAAAGUAAAGGUGCUGUGAUGUCUGGUUUUUUCUUGCAUUCAGCUCCCAUUCCACCUCCCUGAUGAAAUGACUUGGAAUUGGGAACAGUUCUCUCCAAGGGCCAAGUGCUGAUAAACUAAAUGACUUGGUCCAUCAAAUGCAGACAAACACCAGUCAGUCAUAGGGUUUGGGACCGAGGAUUCUGGACAGUCUUAAUUUUAGUCAACCAAGGACACUUGCCUUCAUGUAUAGAAUGCAGUGUUAUUUCACAUUGUAAAUUACAUUUUCAAUUAUAAA